GCUGCCCCUCGGGCGCUUGGCAGCGGGCAACGGAGGGCAGGGGAGAGCGCGCGCGCGAGAGGGAGGCUGCGCCCAUUGGCGGCGGCGGCUGCGCCGUGCUUGUUCCUGCGCCUAUUCUCGGCGGCGGCUGCGUGUGCCCUCCUCUCCUCUCAGGAACCAUGGAAAGCGCGGCGGCGGGAGCGGAGUUCAACAUCCUCCUGGCCACCGACUCCUACAAGGUGACACACUAUAAGCAAUAUCCACCCAAUACAAGCAAAGUUUAUUCCUACUUUGAGUGUCGUGAAAAGAAGACGGAGAACUCCAAAUUAAAGAAGAUGAAAUAUGAGGAAACUGUUUUUUACGGGUUGCAGUACAUUCUUCAUAAGUACUUAAAAGGCAAAGUGGUAACCAAAGAAAAAAUUCAAGAAGCCAAAGAGGUAUACAAGGAACACUUUCAGGAUGAUGUCUUCAAUGAAAAGGGAUGGAACUACAUUCUUGAGAAGUAUGAAGGGUGUCUUCCAAUAGAAGUAAAGGCUGUCCCUGAGGGCUCUGUUAUUCCCAGAGGAAAUGUACUCUUCACUGUUGAAAACACUGAUCCAGACUGUUACUGGCUGACAAAUUGGAUUGAGACUAUUCUUGUUCAGUCAUGGUAUCCAAUUACUGUUGCCACAAACUCCAGAGAACAAAAGAAGAUCCUGGCAAAAUACUUGCUUGAAACCUCUGGCACUUUAGAAGGGCUGGAAUACAAAUUGCAUGACUUUGGCUACAGAGGGGUUUCUUCACAGGAGACAGCAGGAAUUGGCGCAUCUGCGCAUUUGGUGAACUUUAAAGGAACCGAUACAGUCGCAGGAAUUGGUUUAAUUAAAAAAUAUUACGGAACAAAAGACCCCGUGCCAGGCCAUUCCGUUCCAGCUGCUGAACACAGUACCAUAACUGCUUGGGGAAAAGACCAUGAAAAAGAUGCUUUUGAACACAUUGUAAACCAGUUUUCUUCAGUGCCUGUAUCUGUGGUCAGUGACAGUUACGACAUUUAUAACGCUUGUGAACAAAUAUGGGGUGAAGAUUUAAGGCAUUUAAUUGAAUCGAGAAGUGCCGAAGCACCGCUGAUUAUUAGGCCUGAUUCAGGAAAUCCACUUGAUACUGUGCUGAAGGUUUUGGAAAUUUUAGGAAAGAAAUUUCCUGUUACAGAGAAUGAAAAAGGUUACAAAGUAUUGCCUCCGUAUCUCAGAAUUAUUCAAGGAGAUGGAGUAGAUAUCAAUACAUUGCAAGAGAUUGUGGAGGGAAUGAAACAGAAGAGAUGGAGUAUCGAGAAUAUAGCCUUUGGGUCUGGUGGAGCUUUACUGCAGAAAUUAACUCGAGAUCUACUGAAUUGCUCCUUCAAGUGCAGUUACGUGGUGACCAAUGGUCUUGGGGUAAAUGUCUUUAAAGAUCCUGUAGCUGAUCCCAACAAAAGAUCAAAGAAAGGCAGGUUGUCUUUACACAGGACACCAAAUGGAGAGUUUGUUACCCUAGAAGAAGGCAAGGAAGAUCUUGAAUAUGGCCAGGAUCUUCUUCACACAGUGUUUAAGAACGGAGUAGUAACGAAAUCUUACUCAUUUGAUGAAGUGAGGGAAAAUGCCAAGCUGAAGACAAGUGAACUGGAAGUGACGCUUCACUAAAGUUUCUUUCCAUAUUUGUAUGUGUGUAACGAUUAUGUACUGCAUAGCUCAAGAUUUCCUGUACAGAUCUGUGUGUUUGUGUUUGCCGCAUUGUAGCCAAAUUAUUUGUUGGUUUUUGAACAUCACUGCCCUAUUUUUUUUUUCUUGCCAAUCUUUAGAAAAGAUGGAAUUGGGAAAAUUCUUGCAAUAUAAACCAUGUUCGGUGCGCUUCUAGAGGCCUUUUGCCAGUAGCGAUUCAAUCUGGUAUUGAUCUCCUCACAAACGACAGAGCUGAGACUGUGUGUAUGUGCGUGCGUGUGUGUGUGUGUGAUACCACACACACACACAACAAAACAGAUUUGCAUAAAAGUAUUGUUGCUUUAUGUUUAUAUUUAACUUGUAUUUUUGUACAAACAAGAUUGUGUAAAAUGUAUUUAAAGUUUCGAUAAUUGCAUCUUUCCAACUUUUCAUGAUUUUUAAGAGCACAGACUUUCAAGGAAAUACUUGGGGUGGGGGAAUUCAUUGCCUUUUUUUGUCCAUUGAUCAGCAAAUAAAACAUGGCCUUAAAAAUUU